CCAAAUGUCACCUCCACAAACUCUCUCUCUCUCUCUCUCUCUCUCUCUCACUUUCUAUCAGAGGCCUGCAGUGGUGUGCAGUCUGCUUGGUUUAUUAGACAAAGCUCCGCUGGCCGACUCCUCAGUUUCCAAUUCUACUGCAGUCCACAAUGGCCGACCGAGUCCACCCGCGCGGCUCGCCCUCACACAACGAAACCACGCAGUUUCCGCACACCUCCUCGCCACAAUCCACCCGAACACCCUCCCCUCCGGAGUCCGAGAAACUAGUCCCUCCGCCGGGCACCUACGUCAUCCAGAUCCCCAAGGACCAAGUCUACCGCGUCCCGCCGCCAGAGAAUGCAACCCGCUACAAGAACUACACUCGCCAGAACCCUCGCCGGAGCUCCUGCCGCUGCUGCUUCUGCUGGCUUUUCGGCCUCGUUGCCGCCCUCAUCCUCCUCUCCGCUGCCGCCGCCGGCAUCUUCUACCUCGUGGUCCGCCCCGAGUCCCCCAACUACUCAAUUGAAAGCAUCGCGUUCAAAGGAUUCCACUUGACAACGCCAUCUCCCUCCUCCACCAUCUCGCCGGAGAUCCAGGUCACCGUUCGAGUCCAAAACCCUAACAAGAAGAUCGGGAUCUACUACGGGAAAAAGAACUCCGUCAAACUCUUCUACUCCGAUAUCAAAUUGUGUGACGGCGCUCUGCCGGCGUUUUACCAGCCGUCGAAGAACGUAACUGAGUUCCGAACGGCGUUGAAGGGGUCCGGGAUCAAGCUGACGAGCACGGUGCAGCAGGGGUUAGUGGAUGCGCAGAGGCAGGGGAAGGUACCGUUGAAAUUGGACCUAAGAAUGCCCGUUAGAAUUAAAGUGGGGGCCAUUAAGACGUGGACGAUUACUGUGAAGGUUGGGUGUGAUCUAACGGUGGAUAAGCUGACGACGGAGGCCAAGAUUGUGUCAAAGGACUGCGAUUACAGUGUGGAUCCUUGGUAGAAGAUCAACGGAUUAAGAAAGGAAAGGCAUAUAUGAGUAUAUGAUUAGUUUUGUUAAUUGCUUUAAUUUGUUAACUAAAUUUGUUUCAGAUUUAUACGAUUACGUUUAUAAAGAAAAUAAUUUCUUCUUCCA